CUUUACGCGCGCGGCCAUGUUCACUCGAGUGCUCAAGGUGGUAUUCGCGGUCGCGACUGCGAGCGUCGUCGUACGCCUGAUGCAAUUGCUUUCAGAGCCUCUGUAUCCCAAACCCGAGUACUACCGGAGUCACUGGAAAGGCGCCUUUCGCGAGGUGUCACCGAGCGGCGAGCGGACGCGUGGCGACGGCUGGGCGGUGAGCCAGCGAUGCCGCCAAGGUGUCGACGCACUCGUCCUGGUGCUCAGCGGUCCGCGCCACUGGCACCGGCGCGUGACACUGCGGGACACUCUCUUCGAGGAGGCGGCCUUCCGACACUUCAAAUGGGCCGGCCUGUUCAUUUCUGGACGGGAGAAAGGCGGCAAUGAGCUGGACCCGUGGCUAGACAUGGAGGCGGUAGCCGCGGGGGACUUCAUCUUUAUGGAGGACGCCAACGUGAGUUCGUCGGAUCGGCGGAUCGCCGGCAUGCGAUGGGCGUCCGAAAACUGUUUGGCCGUCAGGCAUGUCGUGGCCAUGGAUGACUCAGAGUUGGUAGAGCCCUUCAAGAUGGCGCAGUACAUAAAGGACCAGCUGCCGUUGAGACCUCACAGCCUACACUGCUACGUCCGAAACUCAACGUCGAGCAAACCGACGUCGUCGUGUUCGGGAAACUUCAUCAUAAUGACAUUCGAUGUCAUGCGUGACCUGCUGCGGGCUGCCACCUAUGCACCGUCUGACCACCCGACGGGCGGCGCUCACAUGGCCGAUGAGCUGGCUUUACUGCGAGGCGUCGGCCACGCGAACAUCGCGCCGCCGCUUCACGUGGAUCCGAGUAAGAGUGACUGCAUUCUUCUCGGCACAUGCGCCAUCGCGUCUGAACCAAACGAAUACGCCGACUGUUGGGACACGACGUGCCGAAGAGGCCAGUGGGGACUCAUGCUUUUGCUUCGCUGGCUAAACGCCGGGGAACGCCUGGAACUGUCCACCAGGUUAGAGAUUGGCAGCUACAAGCAGUUGUUCGAAGAGACAAGAUUCGCGCUGCGUGCCAAUAACAAGGAAGGUGACCCAGAGGCUGCGGACCUCAGUCAAGCAGUGGCGCUGUAAUGCGCAGCGACAUAGCUCGUCUACGACCAGUUUUGACGGGGCGAACUCACUUAUUCGUGUAGACAGGAUGUGAGUGAUGUUGAGGGCCACGUUAUUAAAGCUUUUUCAUUCGGGA